GCUGACGUCCUGGCGGAGAGGGUAAGGGAGAUCAAUCCAGACUGCGAGGUGGAUGUCGUGCAAGACUUCUUUGUGAAGGAGACAGAGAGCAUGAUUCUCGAUCGAAGGCGAUUCGAUGUCGUUGUCGACGCCAUCGAUGGCGUGGCCAACAAGUGCCAGCUCAUCAAUGGCUGCCGCGAACGCCAAAUCCCGGUCGUGGUGUCCGGGGGUCUUGGGGGAAAGGUAGAUCCGACCCUCUUCCGCGAAGACGACAUGACACGAGUCGAAGGUGACGGGCUGAUUCGUCGAGUGCGAAAUACGCUGCGGCAGAGGUAUGGCUAUCCUGCCGGCAACCGAAAGAAGAAGAAGUGGGGAAUUCCGGUGGUCUUCAGCCCCGAACCUCCCCAGUUCUACGGCCCGACCUCGAGUCAGGCCCCAGGCGGCAAGAAAACCUGUGACAGGAGCUACGGGACCUUCUGCCCAGCUGCGGGAGCCCAGGGAUUUGCGCUGGCGGCCGCUGCGAUGAG